CUGCUGGGAUCCUUGUACUUUCCUAUCAGGAAUGUCUUGAACCCUCUUGGUAUUUGCUGGGGUUAAUAUUUGGUUUUCUAGAAUACGCUUCCCUUCAUUACUCUCUGCCACGGCCACUGCUGGCAGUUCUGCUGUUGCCCGCACCGUCUCCUCUCAACUGCUAUUCUACCUUCAGCAGCACAAAAUAAUGGGGGUUUCGGUAUCACGCUUAUGGUCACUCCUGUGGACCAAGAAGGAGAUCCGCAUUCUGAUUCUUGGACUUGAUAACGCAGGAAAGACAACGCUUCUUUACAGACUCAAGGUUGGUGAAGUGGUCACGACGAUACCGACAAUUGGCUUCAACGUGGAGUCGGUGACAUACAAGAACCUGAAUUUUAACGUCUGGGAUCUCGGAGGCCAAACAUCCAUCCGUCCCUACUGGCGAUGCUACUACGCAAACACGGCGGCAGUGGUGUUUGUCAUCGACUCCACCGAUAUUGAGCGGCUAGGCAUUGCCGCAGAUGAGCUCGCGGCUAUGCUGGACGAAGAGGAGCUCCGUGAUGCAGCUCUCCUGGUGUUUGCCAACAAGCAAGAUCAACCGGGAGCCAAGGGUGCGGGCGAGAUCUCAGAGGCGUUGAAGCUAGGAGAACUCCGGGAUCGCAAUUGGAGUAUUGUUGCAUGCUCAGCCAUCGAUGGCAAGGGUAUCAACGAAGGCAUGGAUUGGUUGGUGCAAACUCUGCAAUCGGAAAACGCAUAAGCGCUGGGCGUCUUUAUGUCAUACUCGUCUUGAGAGCCGGCUUCGACCUUUGGUAUACUUCACACUUAUUCCCAACACGUGAGACCAGGCCCAGCACCCAGUGGCUGAGUGGGACCUCCGUUACAAAUCUAUCUAUAUGGCAUCUUGGUUCCGUGACCAGGAGCUCUAAAAGAUGAUCUUUUUUAUAAUCCAUCCACGGCAGCUCUUCUCUCC